UUACCAUUUUUCAAUAAAUCCAGUUUGUUUGGGAAACGAGCGUAUUAUUAUUUCACAGAGCAGCGGUGGGAUCUGCUCAACUUUCCGGGAGAGUGGUGAUUUGGUGAUUGUGGGUGGUUAGUGUACGGCCCAACAGCCAACUACGAGGUUACGCAAGCACACGUCAGCCAGUUUUUUUUUUUGCGUGCGUUUGGGUGUGGCCGAAAACUUAAUUUUUCAUUUUAGCACUUUUUCACGAUGGGACGCCACAGAUACCGUACAAAUGGGGACUCGGACGACUCCGACUCUAGUGAUGAUGAGCCCCGUCCAAAAAGAGCUGCACCUGGGGCUGGGGUUUCAAGCACGAUUUUACCCCCAAUUUCGGCGGAGACAGUGAGAAUCGCCAGACUGGAACAAUUGGUGGAGAAUCUGAGUCAACGACUGUCAAAUCCGAAUUUUGCAGGCACAUCGAGGGCCGUGAGCGCCAGAAGCGAUUUAAUUCCCGAAUUUUCGCCAGGAAAUCCUAAUCUUAGCUCAGAUAAGUGGAUACACAAGAUCGACCAACUGGCUCUCGUCAAUGCGUGGGACGAGCGCACGACAAUAUAUAAUAUGAUCAGUCGAUUGAAGGGACUCGCAAAAGAUUGGUAUGAUAAUCUUGASCCAUCAGCGUAUGAUAGGAYCUGGGAAGAGUGGAAACGCCUGCUGCAGGCCACAUUCCCAGAUCAUCAUGACUAUGCCUCUACGUUACGUAAGCUGGUAAACAGGGUGAAAGAGGAUGGAGAAACUUGGGCUCAGUAUUAUUUCGGAAAAUUAAAUUUGUUGCAGGCUUGUGACAUAACAGGAACAAAUGCAGUUUCCUGUCUCAUUGAUGGUAUUACUGAUGUUACUCUUAGAAACGGAGCUAGAGCGGGGCGAUAUACCACUCCUGAGAGUUUGUACGCCGAGUACUUGUCCACCUUAAGGUCUGAGGGAGGAAGGCGAGAAAUAACACAAACAAGYGUAUAUCGAGAAAGGAGGCGAUUCGRGUCUACCAGAGCGGAGCAUCAAAAACCGUAUACUAUAGUCRGGUGCUACAAUUGCCGCGAGCGAGGGCAUGUUGCAGCAAAAUGUUCAAAGCCUAGGAUSGAGUGUAAGAAAUGCGGUCGAAUUGGACAUUUGGAUGUAGAGUGCCGACGCGGUGCUAAAGAAAAUCCAACUAAGCAAGCCCUGACUACAAAAGUGGCUAAUUACGAAUGUAAUAAGAAUUAUUAUAUAGACAUCAAAGUCAAUGAUAAGCCGACGCGAGCCUAUAUUGACUCGGGGGCAGAACCAGUGCUCAUUAAGCGUAGCGUCGCUGCAGAUCUGGGUCUUACAUGGAAGCCAAGCCUACAGCUGAUUCGGGGCUAUGGACAGGGGAUCACCAAAGUCUAUGGAGAGGUCGAAGUGAAGUUAGAGGUCGACUUGGUAAAGGCAAACGUAAAAGCCUUAAUCGUCGAUGACAGCGCACAACGUGUGCCUGUUAUCGUUGGUCAGACCUUUCUGAAUGCAGGUGGUAAUACGAUCAUAGCCAACGCAGAAGCUGUAAGAGUUGUAGACAGGGAAAAUGAACCCAUUCGAGCAUUGUUAGAACAAUUUCCACUACGCAAAGUAGCUCUGUGGGCUGACGAGGAAACCGUGAUUCCUCCUCAAUCUAUAGGGUGUAUCAGGACUAAGACAAAAGACGUUUAAUUGAAAGUUAGCGUUCUACGUGGAGGCCAGUCAGCGGCCCAUACCAAGGAUGGAACACAUUGUCAAUCGGUGUGUCACUUGUGAUGGAGGUCUAGUGUCUGUAUGCAACCUUUCACACCAAAACGUGGUUUACAAGAAGGGGCAGAUAGUCGUGAGAGCUGAACUCUGUGAGCUGGAGAGGACUACUGCUUCGGAGACUAUGUAGUUCCCCGAGGACGUGGAACAGGGAAGCGUGGCCGACUGUAAAGUGAAGGGGGCGCCACUAUGCAAAAGGUGGCAAAUUUUGGCGGGAAG